AUGAGCAGUAUAGUUUUUGGGUUAAGCAAUUAACAAGUGCUAUCAAAUCUAAAAAUAUUAGAAUAAAUAACUCAUGUGAAGUAAGGAUUUUUUAUUUAAUCAGAAAAUUAGUUUAGUUCUCCUUUAUAGUAUAGUUUAGAAAAUUAAACUAUAGACAGGUAAUCUAUAUAUAAGUUAGUAGGAAUUAAUUAUUUUAUUUCAAUAAAUGUUUUAAUUGACUAAGUAUACUAGCGUAUUGACAUUUAAUAUCCAUUAAUCUCAUAAAUCUUUUCUUUUGUUAUCAGCAUUUUUAAUUUGUUGAUGCUAAUUGGAUUUAUAGCUAAGAAAGCAUCUUUAAAUGCUAUCAAAAAAGACUUUUUCAUGCUUUUUUUAUAAAAUCAUUACUUAGAUAUUUAUUUACAAAUAUCUAAAGAUGUUAAACUAGUGAAAUAAAACUACCAGUCCCCAUAAACAGAGCUAUCGAAACAAAAGUAACUUUAAAAUGAUACAGAAGAAGAAUGUGAUAAUUUGCAAAUAUAAGACGAAAUAGACAGUUACUCUUUCAAAUUUAAUACUAGAAUACCAUCAAUUUCUGUUAAAAUGAAAUAAAUGUUAGAUUCAAGAGUUUCUAUGAUAAAAUAAAAAGAUCUGGAAUAAUGA